AUGUCGGUGCAGCAGGCCCACCACUCCUGGGCUCCAAACGGCGAUCCCCGCGACUCACUGAGGGAGUCCUUGUUGGUGAAGCUCGGCCAGCUUCAGUGCCACUUCACGUGGGGCCCACAGAUGGACAUCGUCGACCUGGACAACGUGAAGCAGAGGUUGCAGGACUCGAUUAUCAUCGGCGGGAAGCACCAAGGCGUGCCGCACAACUACUUGGCUUACAUCAACUACCUGCAGGGCAACUGCGAAGAAGCUCUCCGUGACUUAGAGGAGGCGGAGAGACGUCUGAGGGAGAUCCAUGGGGAUGGAUUUGAGAGGAGGAGCAUCGUCACCCAUGGCAACCGGGCCUGGUUGCAUUACCACAUGGAGCAACUCAGCGAGGCCCAGUCCUACCUCGACAAGCUGGAGGUGAUGUGUGGCCCCCUCACACAGGGCCCGCACGUCACGGCAAUGGUGCCCGAGGUGUUGGGGGAGAAGGGGUGGUCUUUGCUGAGCUCCAGCUCUCAGUGCUGCGAGGAGGCGAAGGAAUGUUUCGCCAGGGCUCUGGAGGAAGAUCCCGACAACACCGAGUGGAACAUGGGCUACGCCACCGCUCUGUACCGUCUGGAAUCGAUUUCCGGGAUCCCGGAAAACCCCGAAGUGAGUCAGUUGGUGAGACAGCUGAGACGGGUGCUGGAGCUCGAUCCGGGUGAAUCUGUGGCCAGGGCGAUGCUGGCCCUCGGGCUCCAAGAGUUCCAGCAAAAGGCAGAAGCGAAUGAAUUGGUUGAAGAAGCGUUGCGGACAAGCCCAGAUUCUCCAUUUGUGCUCCGCUAUGCAGCAAAGUUUUACAGGAAACAGCACGAUGUUGAUAAUGCGAUAGGGCUGUUGAAGAAAGCCUUAGAAUUCACUCCGCGCUCUUCCUUCUUGCACCAUCAAAUAGGUAUCUGUUACAGGGAAAAACUAUUAGCUCUGCGUAGAAAUCAAGGCAGUCGAGACCCAGGUGUGAAGGCUGAGUUGAUCGGCCAUUGCAAGCACCAUUUUGGAACGGCAUUUGAACUGAAGCCAUCGUUUAUUCGUGCACGGCUGGAUUUUGCCAGUAUCUGCUUAAUGAAUGGUGAAUCAGUCAGGGCGGGGAAGAUAUACAACGACCUCCGGAGUUUAGAGGAUGUUACUCCAGAUAAUAAGCAGGCAAUAGAGUUACAGCUUGGAUUAUAUGAACUGGAUCACACCAAAUCUGAAUCAAACGCCAUCCACCAUUUUAGGGAAGGCCUUAAAAUCCGGCGCAGCACGAAAGAAUGGAAACGUUGUUACACUAAGUUGGAGCAGAUUGCAAGAAGGCAAAUUAACAGGAACCCGUACAACAGCAGAGCCUGGGGUAUCCUGGGGUUUCUUCACCGAGAAGUCGGGAAAAAUUCUGAAGCUGUUGAAUGCUAUGAAAAGGCCUUGCGGUGGGAUCGUGGCAACAAAGAAUAUCUCAGCGCUCUUCGUGAAUUGCGCCCUUCUACUUAGGCUGGAGAUACCAGGACCAGGAGGUAAGGGCGAGAAAGGUCCUUCCUCAACCAUUCCUCACUAGAACA